AAUUGACAAAAGAAGAAUAUAGAAGAAACACUUUCUUUAUUACAAAGACAAUUUACCACCUAAUACUUGGAAGAGGCACGUUCUUUGUACAUAACAUCUUGAAACUUCUUAUUGUAUAAACAUUAUUUUGCACAACAAUUGAUCCAAUCAAACUUGUAGAGUCAAGUCAGAUUUAAUUUAUGGUUCAAGAGUACAGAAUCUCAAAUUCUAUUUUUUUUGGAGAUAAUCAAAGGAAAAAGGAAUAGGAAUAAUAUUGCAAUACAAAACAAAUACAGAUGCAAAAUUGACCAUUGAAUAUUCUUUCUACAUCAAUGAUGGAUGGUUGGGCAACACUAUUGACAAGUAGGUUAUCACACUUCCUAUACUUAACACCUUCAUUGCGACACUGGUCAUGUGACUCUAGGACAGACGGGAUAAUAGCAGCGACUGUCUGCCGCUAUUAAUGUGUUAACAGAACCAGUCUUUCCAUUACCUACUGAACUACUUUUUGAAAGAAAAAACCACACUAAAGGUAUACCUUUUUAAACAGAGUACCAUUACUAAUGUUCUUUUUUAAGAACUACUGACAGCAAUUAAAUAUUUGGUAACAACAAGCAAUCGUCACUUCCUCUAAUGUAGUUGGCAUUGUAUUUUGUGUUUUCCAUGUUAGCAAUGAAUUUAUUUGGGAUGAAGGACAGUGAUGUCUAAUCAGACAACGUGUUUUAGAACAGAGCAACAAUAUCAAGGGUGAUAGGAACUCUUUUAAAUUUAUAUACGAAUUAGUGAAGUCUGAUGUUUACUCAAAUUUGAAACCUCCUCGGAUGAUGCUGUUGACCAAAGUUUGUGAUGUUGUAAAGCAUACCUCUAACACAUUUAAAGACCAUCUAGCUGGGAUUAUUUAUUUUGUAAAAAUCAAAUUUAGCUACUGAACCAUAGAAGUAUUUGCAACAGUUAGCCUAAUAUUGUUGGAUACAGACUCCUCAACCACAUUAAGUCCAAAUCUGGCUAUAUUUCUUUUCUCACUUAUAUUUUUAUCUGUAUUAGUCCCACUACCAAUCACCAUGAGGCAUUAUUUACUUUCUCCUUUUUAGAUUAGGUUUUCCUAGAGAUCUUUUGACUUUAAAAAAAGUGGAAAUAUGUUGAGAACCUGAAAUCUUAGACCAUAAUCUCACUCUUGGCAUCUACAUCCUCAGGCAGAGAGACUCAAUAGUGCCACAAAAAAAAAAAAAAAAAAAAAAAAAAAAUCAUCAGUUAAACAAUUUACUCUUUAAUAACCUCAAUAAAAUAAUACUUUUUGUCAUUGUAUGUCAUGUUUAAUUUUUCUUUCAUUAGUUAAUAUUUUCCCUCUUGAAUAUUUCAGUAUCCUUCUCAACAUGUGCAUAUAAUUUCAUAACACUGAUGUAUAAUACUACUAAUCUUUGAAUACUACAAAUGAAGAAGUGCUCAUAAGUUAUAAACUGUUUUUAUAUGUCAACAGCUGCAAUGUCCAGAAUAUACAUCUACGUGGUGGUGUCUCUGGCUAUUUCAAUACUGGUUCUGUUACUGGUCUUGGGCGCCUUUUUCAUCGUGUGGCUCAAGUUUAUCAGAACAAAAUAUCAUGAUCAAAAAAGUUCAAAGAAAAAAUUGGAAUCAAUAAAGGCAAUCUGUGUGAAUGACGUGGACGGACCGAAGAAGCUAAAGCUGCAGAUGCCAGUGGCUGUGCCAGUAACAGAUGUGAAGGACACACCACCAAGUGCCAUGACCACGAUGACACCUCUCAGCACUAGACAUCCUGUAGAGGAUGCCACACUUGAGUAUGCCUAUGACAACCCCACACUUACCCACUCACCCACCUUUGGUAAGAACACUCCUAACACCACACCGAACAACACCAGAACUGAAACUAGCUUUUAGCAUGCUAAGUGUACAGCAGUACUUAUGUUAAAAGAAUGAACAUGCAUAUAGCUUAAAGAUACAAGGGAUGUGUUUCAUCCUUUUCAAGUAACAGCUGUUGUUUUAUAUACUAUUAGUUAUUAUAAUUUAGUAGCAAGAAAGUUUUAAACCCAAAACCCCAUAUUACAUGAACUUACUUCUAUAAGUAUUUUAACCCGUUGCGAAUCAAGUUAUUUAUGCAAACAUGCCCCAGCAUGUAAAAAACGGUGCUAUGGCUGAAUACAUUGCUAUGCAUCAUCUGCAGUUCUCUAUAUAUUCAAUGGGUUAAAUGGUAUGAUUCAUUAGGUAUCUUAUAAUUAUGUUUAAAAUAAUUCCUUUGGAUGAACUUUAUUUACUGUUGUCAUAGUAUCACCCUGAUAAAAAAUUGGGUUGUAGCAAAUUUUCUCUGGCUGGCUGGUGAUUGUGAUGUUUUAGUUUAAGUCUAAUAUUUGUAAUUGAUCUAUUUAAACAUAUGAUGCCAUAGAUCUGAUAACUAUGUUUUACUUGGAAAGUUGUAUAAUUUUGCAAACUGAACUGGUGAUCUCAGUUAAAUUAACUCUGAAACAAAAAUCAAACGUUUGACACAUAAAUAUCUUUAGUAAUUUAAAUUAAAUUUAAGUUUCAUAGCAAAUUAUUUUUUACUUAGAGAUUGCACAGUCGUGGAAAAUAGCAUGAAGUAGCAAUAUUGAGAAAUACACUGUGAUUUUGUACUUUCAAUCUUAGAUUAAGAUGAAACUGUUGUUCUUAAUUUUAGUUGUAAUUGUAAACUACGCUUUGUAGAUUUAGCUCUUGGUAGUGGUAGCCCUUUGUUAAGACACUUUUAUUUAGACACAUUAAAUUAUCGGAUGGAAAUUAAAGCUAGUAGUCAGUAAUAACAAUUCUUUACCAAUAUUUGUUUUAUUUUUCAGACAAGGCCCUUCGAAACCAAAGAUUUCACCAUCAGGUGACUCCACAAAUAAGUAUUUGUACUUUGAAAGACCUCGUCCCAAAAAUAAUAUUUCAAAAGAAUUACUAAAUACUAGUUUAAAAUGAUUUCCAAUUGCUCAAAGAGUUUUAAAUAAAACACGGUAUGAAUGGACAGAAAACAUUGGAAAAAUCUUUCUCAAUACCACAGAAUACCAGAUUGUCAGUGACACUGCCCCCUAGGGGUGACUCCAGGACUGAGAUGAUAUUGCUGCUGUGCACACGUCUUGUACUGUAAUAUUGCAUCAUGAUGAAGUACUUUAAUUGGUAAAGGGCUGCCACUGCUGUUUGCAGUAUUAGCAACUUAAGCAAUUCCAUACAUUACAUUCCAAGGUUGUGCAUUUGUAAAUAGUUGUUAUAGUUAAGUUUUUAUUUACUUGUUGUGUAAUAAUUCUUGUAAUAUCAAAUUAAAUUUUCAUUGCUGCUAGUAUUAAUAUUUUAAAAUGUAAUUAAGUCGAAUGCUUAUUUUAAUAAUAUCAAGUUAUUUAACUUUGAUGCAUGUUUUAUAUGAAUGGAAAAAUGUAUAUAAUAUAUUUUAAUUAACAUACUCCUUUUGACAUGAAAGCUGGUGAUUAACUGGUCAAUAAGAGAAGUUUACUCUUUCUGUCUACUAAAGUUAAUUGAAAUGUGUAGCUUUAAUUAUUUUAUCAUAAAUAAUCAAACAAUAUUACAAUUUUUGGUGGAAUAUAUUGAAUAGAGUACGAUGAGCACCAAAAACUUACUGCUUAAAAAAGUGAAGAAGGGUACACUUUUGGUGAAGGCAGAUCUGCAUGUAGGUGCCAAUACACUUACUUUUUACUGUCUGCAGUAAUUUUAAUGAUAAAAGUAAUUAUUUGGUGCAUUCAAAUUAGAAUAUUAAUAAAGCAAUAUACAAAUUCACUGCAGUAGAUAGUACAAUCACCAUGAGAAAUAUUUACUUUAGUUUACUUUUAUACAGAAUGUUUAAACGAGAUAGCAUUUUCUGGAAUUACCGUCAAGAUAUAUUUAUAUACAGCAUACAUUUUUAGAAUUAACUCUCACUACCAGGUAACAAGCUGCUGUUCGCAGUUGUAUGACUAAAUUGUUCUAUCAGUUUAUACAUAUCCUAUUGAUAGUGUUAGUAAUAAGAUUUCAAAGACUGAAGAAUAUAUGUUUUUCAAAACCGUUAAUGUUAUGAAUUAUGUUUACAAAAGUUACACUUGUAAUAAGAACUUAAAAAUUCCGUUGUACUGUGAUUUGAAGCUUUGAAAGUUUUCCAUGUUUAAAAAAGUUCUGUGGUGGGAGUAUAUAACCUUUUAUUGUUUUUAGACAGCGAUUAUUUAUUUUUCUUUGUCCAAAAAAUUGGAUGUUGUUGCUUGCAACAAAACUUAGAAACAUACAUUAUUUGAUUCAAGUUUUGUAAUUUAUAUGCCAUUGUGUGCUGGUAACCUUAUGAACUGUCAGAUAACUCAUUUGUCAUGAUCUAGUAAUGCUAAUUUUAACUUUGACCUAAUUCAUAGAUUUUAAUUUGAGAUAAUAAAUUUAGUGGUGUGUAAUACAAUUUUACUCUUGUCACCAGUGUAAGAAAUAUCAUGAUAAUUUGAAAAUUGAUUUUUUUGAGAAGUAAUCGUUAAUGUUGCAUAGAGUCUGAAUGAUUUUCUGGGUUACUACCAAGUCCUACUUAUAUUCCGAGGAAGUAAACAAAUUUACCUCUUGACUGCCAUGUCUGUGUUAACAUGGGCGGUCUUACUUUUGCGUUUAACUGCCAUCCCAGUGUUAUUUUUAAAUACUACAAAUCCACAGAAGUGCUGUUUAAUUGCUACUCGCUCUGAUGGUCAACUAAGAAACUAUCAAAAAAGCACAGAUAAACUUUUACCUGGACAUUAGAAACAAUGUUAUUGUUUUCAAAUGUUUCAAUUACCUUUUCGAAGUUGCUACUGCAAGAUGUUUUAUUUUCUAUUUUGAUUAUUGUUCAAUCGGUAUGGCAAGAAUUAGUUGUAAUAAUGAUAAGGACGUUUUAUCAAUUUUAGAAUUGUCUGGAUGCGUUGUUGUGAGUUAGGCAUUCAGCAGUGUAACUUUUCUGAGAAUUAUGGCGAUCAGGAUGCGGACUCAGUUUAUCAACUAUGACCAGACAUGACGAAUCAGGAAAUUCUGAUGACAGUUUGGUAAAUGAAGAUACUGCUGAAGUUGAUCAUGGUGGGCGAGAAACACGCUACCUGUGCACUACUGUUUCAAAAAUCUUGUAUGUAUUCUCAUAUGAGAAUUUUAAUUUAAUAUACUCGUAAUUGAAAUAAAUAUCCUGUGUGCUUGCUUGUACUCGUAUUGCCUCAAAUGUUUGAAUUUUAUAUGUAAAGUUUCCACUAACAAUACAUUUUAGUAUUAGGAAAAAGUCCCCUGUAUAAGAAACAGUUGUUAUUGUACUUUGCAGACAUAUAUGCAUUGGUAUCAUGCACUCUCAGCACAAACCCAGCUAUCCUUGUCCUUAGAUUUGUCACUUUAAUUGGUCAAUUAUAAUUUGGACAAUUUUGCAUAGAAAAGAUAACCGAAUCAUGAGUAGCAAGGUCAAGUCUAGCUCAGUGUUUAGUUUCCUCAUGCCUACACACUGCCUGUCCAUCACUCAAGGCACUUGUCACCUUGAGAUGUCUACAAAAAGAAUAUUUUAAGUUUUCAAUUAUUCUAAGAAAUAAGUGUAGUUUGUAAUCAACUUAAAAGUAGAAUUUAUAUUAUUAUCAGGCCAUGGCUGUUUCAACGAAGUAAAAAUCAAAAUUAAUAUCUAUAAUUAAAAUAAAUGGUUGAACCAUCUGACUCAAACAAGUUUCGCUUUAAUUAUAAUAUUGUUAUCAUUUUGUAACAUUUGGAAAUAUAUCCAUCAUGUUGAAAUGUGUAUCUAACUUUCAAUACAUGAGUUCAUAGAGAUGCUUACUUCAGAUGGUAAUCAAUUUAUAUGAUUAAGUAUCAGUAUUUAAAACACCCACUAAUGUAGUGGAACAACAAUACAAAAAAUGUAAUAUUUGUUAUUGAUAAUAGUAUUAUAAACAUGUGAAAACUGCUCUAACAUGUAGGAAUACAUUACAUGUAUUUUUCUACAUUUCUUUCUUGAUUGAUAUAUAUACAAUAAAAUUAUGCUAUCUUCACAUGUGGCUUUAUGUACAGUAUAAUAUAAGUGUUGUUUUAUAUAAGAAAAUAUUUGUCCUUUAGUAUUAAGAAAUGAGCAAUAAUUUAUUCUGUAUACAAUUAAGUUUUGUGUAACAGUGCCUUGUCAGGAAAUCCGUCCAAUUGUUGUAUAAGUGUAUGUAAAUAAAAGUGACAAUAUGUUGCUAUGUGUAAUAUUACACUAUUUGUAUAAAAUGUGCAAUAAAUAAUUAUUACAUAA